AUGGCGACCACAGGCGACGGUAAGGCGACCAACAAGCAGGUCAUAUUGCGAGAUUACGUCACCGGUUUCCCCAAGGAAUCAGACCUCAUCUUCAACGAAACCACCGUCGAUUUAAAGGUUCCGGCGGGAUCCAAGACGGUUGUGGUGAAGAAUCUCUACUUGUCAUGCGAUCCUUACAUGCGAAUUCGCAUGGGGAAACCAGAUCCCGGGACUGCUGCUCUCGCUCAAGCUUUCAAUCCCGGAGAGCCAAUUUCUGGCUAUGCAGUGUCUAGAGUGAUAGAUUCUGGACACCCAGAUUACACAAAGGGAGACUUAAUCUGGGGAUUAGCUGGAUGGGAAGAGUAUAGUGUUAUAACUCCAAAUCCUUCACAUUUUAAGAUCCAACACACCGAUGUUCCGUUAUCCUAUUACACUGGACUUCUCGGUAUGCCCGGUAUGACUGCCUAUGCUGGGUUCUAUGAGGUCUGUACUCCAAAGAAAGGAGAGACUGUCUUUGUGUCAGCUGCAUCUGGUGCAGUUGGUCAGCUUGUGGGACAAUUUGCAAAGAUCAUGGGAUGUUAUGUCGUUGGAAGCGCCGGCAGUAAAGAAAAGGUUGAUCUUCUCAAGAAUAAGUUCGGUUUUGAUGAAGCUUUCAACUACAAAGAAGAGCAAGACCUUAAUGCCGCCCUGAAGAGGUAUUUCCCAGAAGGCAUCGACAUAUACUUUGAGAAUGUAGGAGGCAAAAUGCUAGACGCGGUGCUCCUACAAAUGAAGCCACACGGCCGUAUCGCGGUAUGCGGAAUGAUCUCACAGUACAACUUCGAGGACCAAGAAGGAGUACAUAACCUAACAACCAUCAUCUACAAGAGAGUUCGGAUUCAAGGGUUUGUGGUCACUGAUUACUUCGACAAAUACUACAAGUUUCUUGAUUUUGUGCUUCCGUAUAUAAGAGAAGGGAAGAUCACUUAUGUUGAGGAUGUAGUUGAAGGGCUCGAGAAUGGACCUUCUGCUUUGAUUGGACUCUUCCAUGGUAAGAACGUCGGCAAACAACUCAUAGUGGUUGCUCGUGAGUGA